GUCGAAACGGACUUUUCAAGAGAAGGCGGCUCGGCGAAACCAACGACUGGUCGGCAGAGCCUAGCAUUCUAGUUUUCGCUCUCCGCUAAGCAAGAGGUACUCAUGGCUCGCCAUCAGUACAUGAGAAAAUCCCAUGUCAUGGUUCUUCCUGAGCAAGUCUCCGACGAAUCGCGCGCGCAAGUGGCUCCCGGCGCGCUCGAUUGGCCGGUGUACGCUUGCAUCACGGCGGUAGCCAGCGCGAGACGCGGCCCGAAGGUGCUCACAUUCACGACACUGCCGACGGAGGGCUCGCCGGAGACUUCGUUCACGAUGCCGAAAGACGAGUGCACGUUCGCGUUCGCCUCGGCGCGCGAGGCCCGGUCCAACGCGGGCGCGCUGUUGCGUCGGUUUGUCCUCUUCCGCCUCAACGGUUCGGCGACGGCGGGGCAAGUCGUGGCGGUACGAGAGUCUGGCAAGACUCUCACGGUGACCAACGCCCGAGGCACCUACGACGUGGGAGCGGAUGAGGUACAGCGGUGCCAUCCGAUUGGAGCUGCAGCCUUGUGGGGUAUGGAGGUUGAGCUUGGCGACGGCGCUAUGGCGACGCGACGCCUCGCAGCCACUGCGCUCUUGCUUGAGUCCAUGCGCAGCCGAGUCGAAGACCCGGUGAACGGGUCGCGUGACCUCGCGGCGGUCUUCCAAGGCACCGCCGAUGACGCGCGGCCCACCGCGGACACUCGGCUUGAGAUCCGCGCACCGGCGACCGGAGCACGCACGACCCUAUCCGUCCAGCAUGUGGUCGAUUUCUUCUUUUUCGCUGCAGACGGUCGCGAGCGCCCGGUGGACGUGGCUGUCGGCGCGACGUUCUGGCAAGACCCGCGUUUCGACGACGCCGGCGGCGAGGAUCCGGAUGACGUCGAGGCCCACGACGAGGAAGAAGUCCCAGUGGUGGUGACCAUCCGGCGUCCCGUGGACAUCGUGCAACUGCUCCCACAGGAGCGCGUCCUUGAUGCCGCAUCCCCACCGGAGCGCAUUAUCGAUGCCGCACCCCUACCGGAGCGCAUCCUCGAGGCCGUGCCUCGUCCUGCCGGCGAGUUCUGGGAGCAAGGGAAUGCCGUGCCUCCGCCGGGACUGGAUGCGGGUGCGCCAACGUGGCCUCCGGUCGGAGCGGCGCCGCACCAGGAGUUGCUCGCGCCCGGCGCGCACCUCCCGGUACCUCUGUCGCACGGCAUCCCCAGCCAUUGGCAUUCUGGAUCGGCAUCGGCGACGGCACUGGCUCCGUACGCGAACCCAGCCGGACUACAUCCGGGCCACUGGACACCAGGUCAGAGAAGCUGCACUCUCGCCGGGUCGCGGUUCGCGCCCCUACCAGCCGCGGUGGAGACACUGCCGAGCUCGGAGGCCGCAUCGGCGGCAGCUAUUGCCCGCCAGUUGGUCCAGGCUGCCGAAGAGGCUCGGUCCAAACGCCAACGCACAGAAUUCGAGCUCAACCCGGUGGUACACGGUCUCCACUACAUUACAGCCAACGCGCACACGGCUGGUUGGUCGCUGCAGCGGUUCACAGAAGACGUCCAAACGAACCGGGAACUUCUCUUCUACAAGCAUCCGGAGGUUGUGCGGGCCCUGUACAGCUUCGAUUUUGGCAGUGGCCGCCUGUCCCUGGCACAUCUGCAACGCCGGACGCAAGCUCAGAUCGACCAUUGGACGCGCCUCCACAUGGACCUCACGGGAGCCAAAACGUCGGGAACGACGGCGACAACACUGGCCCACGCCAUGUCGCCGGAGGCCUUAGCCGGGGCCUUGGACAUGCUCUCGAUUUACACCGAGCGCUACUGUGCGCCGGUGGUGCAGCAGUUUGUCGCAAAAGCGGGUCGUUUACUCCGUCACAUGAUGAGUGAAAGCCAGGUCACCGCCCAUACUGCCAGCUACGUGGCCCGGUGGUUCGACUGGGCGCUCGAGUGCUUUCGCUUGGAUAUGGCAAACGACGUACGGGGCGACGCGGCAGUCCUCACGCAUUGGUUCUCGCACGAACACCUCCACACGAGCUCGCCGAUGCUCGUGUCCAUGGCCCGUUCGGCACAAGAUAGCCGCAUCCUCGAGCUCAUGGCCAGCCAAGCGAAACCGCAGCGCAGUCCCAAGACCAAAGACGGCGUGGCCAAGGACGGCACCAAUCGGGUCAGCUCGUCGAUCAAGCAGCUGGUUCCCAAGCUCAACAAGAUGGAGCUCUGCUUGCGCUACGUGUCCAACAAACGGUGUGAAGGCAAGCAGGCCUGCAAGAACCCAGGUCAAGGUCAGAAGCGGGCCCACUUUACGCCCAGUGAGCCGCUGGACCCCAGCGUAAUCGAGUACAUCAACGAGUCGCUGGGAGGUCUGCAGAAGCAAUUCAUCCAGCUCGACGCGUCGGCGUGAAGGUGCCAGGGUGGGCUUGGGAACCCACCUGGCGAUUCAACCCAAAAGGCCGUCGCGCCGCGAGCGGUGCCACCGCAGCCGCCACCAACGGGACUCUCCUCACGUUCAGCGCAUCCAGCGGUUUUGGCUUCGGCUACUCCGGUCGGUGUGUCGCCCCUGCCCGGUGCCUCGCAACGCGAGCCCCGGAUACAGGCCGCGGCCGCCCCACUGGUUAACAGCAACGAGGCGGCGGUGCUCCACGAGCGCCAGCUUCGGGUCCGCGUGAUGCAGGCGUUCUUGCAACGUCGGUCGCGCGCCACCUUGCGAAACGCAGCACCACCGGGGGACACUGUGGGGCCGGCUUCGGCUCCCCCACAGGCGAUGUCGACUGCGCCUCCUUCGGGAGCUCAGUCCCACGUCUUGGCCCGAAACCCGGACGCAGCGUACAACAGCACUCCGGUGCUGGAAAGGGUAAGCCACGCUAUGGACACGGCACCGCCUGCCU